AUGCAGGCUGUGUUUGACCUGCAACCUUUCAGGCCGGCCGUAAACCUCAGCAACCCCACCAUCACCAACAUCUCCUUCACGCUCUACGCAGUCCUCGGGGUGAGUGAGAAAGCCCAGAUACUCACUACUUUCUUGUGGCUGAGACUGUUCUGGCACAACGAGUUCCUGGUUUGGGACCCCAAUGAGUGCGACGGAGUCACCAGGAUUUCUCUCCCGGUUAAACAACUGUGGUCUCCAGACAUCAUUGUUUAUGAGUUUGUGGACGAUGAUGUCUCCCAGGCAUGUCCUUAUGUCUACGUGAACCACACGGGUCACAUCCGCUGGGACAGGAUGCUGCGGCUCGUCUCAGCCUGCAACCUGGAGAUCUUCAGUUUUCCCUUUGACAUUCAAAACUGUACCUUUACAUUUGGCUCAUACAUGCACACCAUACGUGAUGUGAGGGUCAGUCCAGCCUUGACCUUUGAGGAAAUGUCUGGAAACUCCAAGCGUUACCUGGAAGCCAGUGGAGAGUGGGAGUUGGUGGACAUACUGGGAGAAACCUCCAUUCUGCAGUUCGGGAUCGAUGAGUGGGACAUCAUCACCAUCUGGGUGGUCAUAAAGCGGCGUCCGGUGCUCUACGUGGUCAACCUCCUGAUCCCCAGCUCCUUCCUCAUGCUCAUUGACAUCCUGUCCUUUUACCUGCCCCCCCACAGCGUUGACCGAGCCUCCUUCAAGAUGACGCUCAUCCUGGGUUACACCGUCUUCCUGCUCAUAAUGAAUGACCUGCUGCCCAGCACGGCCAACGGCACUCCCAUUAUAGGUAUUUAUUUCUCAGUGUGUCUGGCCCUCAUGGUCAUCAGUCUACUGGAGACGGUCAUCAUUACCAACGUCCUCCAUCACAGCUCCAUGAAGUACCAGGAGGUCCCCAGCUGGGUGAGGGUGGUUAUCCUGACACACAUAGCCAGCCUGAUCUGCUACCGCUGGCCCAAAGAUGUCCAGCCACCCAGGAAAGCACAGGAAGAUAAACCCGAAGGCUCAGCUGGGAGCUCAGGCCCAAGGGUCAUCCAAGCGUAUGACAGCCCCCCAAGCGCUAGCGGAGGUAUCCAGUCCAUGUGCAGUUCAGCUUCUCUGCCUGAGCUGCAACAGAUCUGCCAGUACCUGGGUGAUCUUCGUGCUCAUCUCACCUCCCUGCAGAAGGAAAGUGAGCUGCAGGAGCAGUGGUGUCAUGUCGGAUAUAUCCUCGACUUCCUGCUCUUCCGCAUCUACCUGCUGCUAAUCAGCUGCUACGCCGUGGUCAUCAUCACCAUGUGGUGCAUCUGGAUCAGUUUUGUAGGAGCUCUGAACUGCACCAGCCCAAGUCCAGACUCUCUAUUUAACGAACUUGAGAGGAAUCUAUUCUCCAAAAAGCUGUUGCGCCCCGUGGCAAACCUCUCUGAUCCAAUUAACAUAAGCAUCUCUCUCACUUUAGUGGGGAUUUUAGGUGUGGAUGAAAAAGCUCAAACUCUGACUACAGUCAUAUGGCAAGUCCUGGAGUGGGAUAUAGCAGGACUGAGCUGGGACCAGAGGGAAUGUGGAGCUGAACGGGUCUCUGUCCCCCGGGAAAAGCUUUGGAUUCCAGAUGUUCACAUCUCAGAGUUCAUGGAUGAAGACAAAUCACCCAAAACUCCAUACGUCUACUUAUACAACACAGGUCACGUAUUUGACGAUAAGCCAAUCAGAGUGGUCAGCUCUUGCCAAUUAGGGAUAUAUACUUUCCCCUUUGAUAUCCAAAACUGCUCACUGACUUUUGGAUCGUAUCUACACUUUGCUACAGACAUCAGGAUGAUUGAAGGAGCCACAAGUGAAUUGAUUCUGCAGCAGUCCAGAGAUGUGCUGCUGACCAACGGGGAGUGGGAGCUCACUGACAUCAUUGUAGAUUCCUCUACGUUGGCAUUAGAUGUAGGAAGCUACUCUGAGAUAACAUAUCGUUUUGUUUUGCGGCGGAGACCAAUGGCGUAUGUGGUGAACCUCCUGAUCCCCAGCUGCUUCCUCAUCACAGUGGACCUCUUCAGCUUCCUGCUUCCUCCGCAGAGCGUGGACAGAUCGUCCUUCAAGAUGACCCUCAUCCUGGGCUACACCGUCUUCCUGCUCAUCAUGAACGACCUGCUGCCCGUCACCGGGGAAACCACCCCUCUCAUCAAUGUCUUCUUCUCCAUCAGUCUGGCUCUGAUGGUGGCCAGCCUCCUGGAGACGGUGUUCAUCACCAACAUCCAGUUCAGCUCCUGUCAGUACAGCGCCGUGCCUCACUGGCUCAGCGUCUUCGUCCUACGUUACCUGGCUGUUCUAGUUUGUCUCCGUCCGAAGGAGAAGAACAACCGAACCACAGUCCAAUUCAACCAAUCCUCUAAAGACCCUGCCAUAAAUACUAGCUCCAUAAGCAUCUCAGGAAGUCAACAUCACAUCUUGAGUGGUACACGUCCAGUAAAGGCCUCUCUUCCCCCCGCCGUCCCUCCGGAGCCGUUCACCGACGAGCUGAGGAAGCUGAGCAGAGAUCUCACAGCCAUUCGCCUUCAGGUGGACAAAUACUUCCAGGGGUCCAAGACCUCAGAGGAAUGGCAAAUGAUCGGGACAGUGGUGGACCGUCUUCUGUUCGGCUUGUACAUAGUCUUCAUCGUUGUGAGCUUCAUCACCAUCAUGGGGAUCUGGAUCUGGAGUAAUAGAUAUACAGCAUGAUUUUAAGGUUAGGGGGUUAAAUGCCUGACAGGAACAUUAAACCCAUGAUAGGCUACUCUUGUUUUUUUCUUUUUUAAUAGGACAGCUAGAUGUUUCCAAAUAAAGUGUAAUCACUUCUUUAUCACGUUUAUCAUCUCUGUUAACAGCCAUGAAGCCUUUACAGAUGGGGCUCUUUUUAUUCAAAACAGAAAACCUCAGCCUGUGUUUCUACUCUCACUAUUAGAAUAUUAAAGCCAUCCUAGGGUUUGAAGCUGAGGCUAGGUGGCACAAUUGUCCAUAUAUUGUGUUGCCUCAAU